UCAAAUGUUAUUGAUGAAUAUCGAAAGUAUUAUUGUUAUAAAUGUGCAUAGUCAUAGAGUUAAGUUUUAGUUUUAUCUUACAUUUUUAUUACUAUAUUCUCCGUUAAUUUUUUUAUCUCAUUUUAAACAAAAAUUAUAUGGUUGUUAAUUGAUACUUUGUGCUCGAAUACCGAUGAUGUGGUUCACGAGGAUUUUUUUUAUGUGUUUGCUCGUUUUGCAUAUAAAAUGUGGUUGCACCCAAUUAUUCAAUGAAGAACCCGUUACUGAUGAAUAUGGUCGUUUUUUGGGUAAACAGAAUGAUUUUGAAAACAAUGUCAAUCGUUUUAGACAACAACCUAAUGAUGUAAAUGCAGGGAACAUUUUUUCCAAUCGUGCAAAAUCAACAUACAAUAUUCAAACAUCAUUUUUGGAAAACAUAUAUACCAAACAACCAACCUAUUUUAUAGUGGCAUCUCGUAUGGUACGGCCUGGUUUAAUUUAUCAAGUUUCUGUGACAAUCCUCAAAACCGCUUAUCCGAUUACUGUUCAUACUAGUAUAUCUAGUGACGGUGUUCAAAUAUCUGGUGAUUCGAGAGACGUUAAAGAAAAUGUUCCUGAAACUAUGCUAAUGCGAAUCCCACCUACUAGUGUAAGAGGAAACUAUAAAUUGCGAGUAGAAGGCUUAUAUAAAAAUGUCUUCGGAGGUAUAGCAUUCCUCAAUGAAACAGAACUACACUUUUCCCAGCGUUCUAUGACGAUAUUUAUUCAAACUGAUAAACCACUUUAUAAGCAGGGCGAAACGGUUAAAUUUCGUACAAUUCCCAUUACGACCGAAUUAAAAGGAUACGAUAAUGCUGUUGACGUUUAUAUGCUAGACCCAAACAAACACAUUUUGCGACGAUGGAUUUCACGCCAAUCCAAUUUAGGAAGUGUCAGUUUAGAUUACAAGUUAUCUGAUUUGCCAACGUUUGGAGAAUGGACUAUACGUGUUAUUGCUCAAGGUCAGAUCGAAGAAGGGCACUUCACAGUUGAGGAAUAUUAUCAAACUAGAUUCGAAGUUAACGUCACUGUUCCUGCAUAUUUCUUUUCAAGCGAUCCGUUUAUAUAUGGCAAAAUCAUGGCCAAUUUUACAAGUGGAGCACCCGUCAAAGGCAAUCUCACCAUUAAAGCCACACUACAGCCAAUUGGUUUUCUUAAUUAUAAGGCUCUCAAUGAUAAAUAUCGAAUUGGUCGCUCAUUGCCACAAUUCGAUGAACAAACAAAUAAUGAUGAUUAUCAAUUUAAUCAGAAUUUAAAUAAUAACAAUAAUAUCGGAAAAGAAGACGAUACGCAGCAAACUAUGUAUAGAAAUCAGUAUGUUGUUGAAAGAGUUUACCAAUUCGACGAAGAAUGGCCAUUCUGGGUUAAUAAACCAGAGGGACAAGAAAUCUAUGACCCGUGGACAGGUUCUUACAAAAGAACCUUACCGUAUUUGCGAUAUUUCAAUGGAACUUUUGACUUUAAAUACCCAAUGAAUGAUCUGCUGCAGUCAGUUCCAACGAAUAUUCCAAGUUUAGACAUUUUAAUUACAGCAUCUGUCGGAGAAAAGUUCUACGAUGAACAAGUAUCAGGCUAUGCAAUCACAAGAGUGUACAACUCUUCAAUUAAAGUUAAAUUUAUGGGAGAAUCUCCUCAGGUUUUUAAGCCAAUGAUGCCAUUCAUGUGUUAUUUGGUGGUAGAAUAUCAUGACAACACACAACUUGAACAAGAACUUUUGAUCAACAGUAUGAUGGAAAUAACUGGUUUUGUGGAUAGCAGAAGUGGAGGUAGAAAAGACUAUUCCACGAGAAGAAUUCGAAUGUCUCAAAAAGCGGGAGUAUGGGAGUUGAAGAUAGAUCUUCGUUAUGACUUAGGUAUGGAUGAACGCUCAAGGGAGUUCAAAGAUUUUAUUGAAGGCGUUGAAAGCAUGCAAAUACAAGCUAAUUUUGUAAAUGCACGUGGUGAUCGGGCACAUACUGAAAUUAUGUUAAUAAGCUACUAUUCUCCCAGAAGUCAGAAUAUAAAAGUUACUACAAGUACUGAGCAACCUAUUGUUGGGGAGUAUAUAAUAUUCCAUAUAAGGACUAACUAUCAUUCAAACUCAUUCAAUUAUUUGAUCAUGUCUAAGGGCGUUAUUUUAGUAAGUGAUCAAGAGCCAAUCGAUGAACGAGUUCGUACAAUUGCCGUUACUCUUAGUGCAGAAAUGGCUCCAGUAGCUACCAUGGUUGUCUGGACAAUUUCACCGCUUGGUCAGGUCGUGGCAGACUCUUUAACAUUCCCCGUAAAUGGUAUUUCUCGAAAUAAUUUUACAUUACUCAUUAACAAUCGAAAAGCAAGAACUGGUGAGAAGGUUGAAGUAGCAAUUUUUGGGGAACCUGGUUCAUAUGUUAGUUUAUCAGGUAUUGAUAGUGCAUUCUAUAGCAUGCAAGCUGGUAAUGAACUAACAUAUGCUAAAAUUAUAACGAAAAUGUCAACAUUUGAUGAACAAACAAAUGGAACAUAUAAACAUAUGUGGCAUUCGCAUAUUGGUCAACCAGAUGAGCUUGUUUAUUAUCCAGCUUCCUCUUCCGGAAUUGAUGCGAACCGGACAUUUGAGUACUCUGGUUUGAUUGUUUUUACAGACGGUGAAGUGCCAAGGCGUUCAGUUACCUGCAAUUUUACACUGGGGUACGGAGAGUGUCUCAAAGGAAAUUGUUACCGCCUUGAAAAUAAAUGCAACGGUGUAUUUGAUUGUGAAGAUGGGACAGAUGAACUUGACUGCGACAAAUUCAACGAAACUGAUUUACUACAAUUUCGAAAGUACCGAUUUAAUCGUGUACAACGACACUAUGAAAACGUAUGGCUUUGGAAGGAUGUUAAUAUUGGACCUCAUGGUCGUUAUAUAUUCAACAUAGAAGUUCCAGAUCGUCCAGCAUACUGGAUGAUUUCGGCUUUUAGUGUAAGUCCUUCAAAGGGAUUUGGUAUGAUUCCGAAAGCCACAGAGUACGUGGGUGUUCAACCAUUUUUCAUAAAUGUUGAAAUGCCUAGUGAAUGCUAUCAAGGUGAACAAAUUGGCAUUCGUGUGACUCUUUUCAAUUACAUGGAAAUGCCAAUGGAAGCAAAUGUGGUAUUGCACAGUUCUCAAGACUACAAAUUUGUGCACGUUGAAGACGGCGGAAUCGUUCGAUCCUAUAAUCCAAGAACUUCGUUUGGAGAUCAUCAAUUUUUUAUCUAUUUAGAAUCUCAAGGAACUACCAUUGUUUACUUGCCUAUAGUUCCUGUAAGACUCGGAAAAAUUGAGGUUACAAUUCAUGCAGCUACACUUAUGGGAACAGAUUUGAUUACAAGGACGUUGAAUGUAAUGUCUGAUGGCUUGCCGCAGUAUCGUCAUCAAGCAAUAUUAUUGGAUUUAAGUAAUAGGGCUUAUGUUUUUCAAUAUAUGCAUGUAAACAUCACUGAAACACCCAUAAUACCCUAUCAAGUUGAUAGAUAUUUUGUGUACGGUUCUAACCGGGCAAGAAUUUCAGUUGUUGGUGAUGUGGUUGGUCCAAUUUUUCCUACCAUGCCUGUUAAUGCAACUUCUUUGUUAUAUUUACCCAUGGAAUCGGCUGAGCAGAAUGCAUUUAGUUUUGCAGCAAAUCUGUACACAAUUAUGUACAUGCGCUUAAUCAAUCAAAGAAAUAAAAACACCGAAAAACACGCAUUCGCUCAUAUGAACAUUGGAUACCAACGACAACUAAGUUUUAUGCGUAACGAUGGAUCAUUUUCAUUAUACCGGUCGGAUUGGAAUAAUUCCGAUUCCUCGGUUUGGUUGACGGCUUACUGUGUUCGAAUUUUCCAAGAAGCUUCUUUUUAUGAAUGGGAAAACUUUAUCUAUAUUGAUCCGACGAUUAUUGAGAAAAGCGUUCGUUGGAUUUUACAGCAUCAGUCUCCAGAAGGUGCGUUCUACGAAGUUACCUGGUUACCUGAUAGGAAGAUGAAUCGCACAAAUUUUGCGGAUAGUUCUAUUCGUAACAGGAACAUAUCACUAACCUCACACGUUUUGAUAACAUUGGCUACUGUGAAGGAUCUAUCAGGAACCUUAGGUGCAAGAGUUGCGCUUGCUCAACAACGUGCUAUUUUAUGGAUUGAACGUAAUAUGCAGCUUUUACAGGAAACUAAGGAACCAUAUGAUGUUGCUCUUACAGCUUAUGCAUUGCUUAUGUGUAAAGCUGCAACAGCUGAACAUGUUUUUACAAUUUUGAGGGGACAUGUUAGAACUAUUGGAGAAUACAUGUAUUGGGGAAAUGUCGAAUUACCACAACCACCAAGCAAAUUAGAAAAUCAAAAAUAUUUCUCCCUCCCUCGUCUUCCUUACGAGUUUGAUGCGUUAAACAUCGAAACAACUGCUUAUGCAUUGCUCGUUUAUGUUUCGAGACGUGAGUUUAUAGUUGAUCCGAUUGUUAGAUGGUUAAAUGCUCAGAGACUUAAUGAUGGCGGGUGGGCAUCCACUCAAGACACGAGUAUCGCAUUGAAGGCGCUAAUUGAAUACACAAUUCAUUCGCGCAUCCGAGAAGUUUCAUCAUUAUCAAUAUCUAUUGAAGCAACAUCCCUACCAGGCCAAACGAAAACGUUGCAUAUUAAUGAUAAUAAUUUAGCUCAAUUACAAAGUAUUGAAAUUCCAAACGCUUGGGGAACAGUUAAAGUGCAGGCCAAGGGUGCUGGCUACGCUAUUUUACAAAUGCAUGUUCAAUACAAUGUCGAUAAUGCCAAAUUUCAAACUAAACCACCAGUUUCAGCAUUUGAUUUAAAAACGAAUGCCGUAUUUCACGGAAGAAAUCAGUCUCAUAUCUCAUAUGUUUCCUGCCAAAGUUGGAUAAAUGUGAAUGAAUCUGAGCGCUCUGGGAUGGCUGUUUUAGAUGUAACCAUUCCAACUGGAUAUUACAUUCAGCAACAAAAACUGGAUUCCUACGUACUUAGUAAUCGCGUUAGAAAUUUGAAACAAGCUAAAUAUUUCGAACGUAAAGUCAUGUUUUAUUUCGAUUAUCUGGAUAAAGAAGACAUUUGUGUAAACUUUACAAUUGAAAGAUGGUAUCCGGUGGCAAAUAUGUCACGCUAUUUGCCAGUGCGAGUUUAUGAUUAUUAUGCACCAGAGCGUUUUAAUGAAACGAUAUUCGAUUCCUUACCAACAUAUUUGCUCAAUAUCUGUGAAGUUUGUGGAAGUUCACAGUGCCCAUACUGUUCCGUUUAUAAUUCAAGCCAUGAGGCUAUAGUUUCGAUAUCAUUAGUUUUAUUUAGUAUUUUUAUUUUUGUUAUAAGAUUUAUUUCACAGAUAAACUGUAAAACUUAGCAUAACAAAUUAACGAUUUCAACUCCAUCCAAUUUCAACUCCGUCCAGGCACCGACGAGGCAGAUAACUUCAAUUACGUGCCAAUAUUUAAGCUGAAUAAAUUUAAAUAUAGUUUUGCAAUGUUUUUGUAUCAUUAUUUUCAUGUAGUAUUUUAAUUUUCGUUGUAAGAUAAUAAAUUAAGAGAAAAAACAAACAAUUUCAACUCCGUCCAGGCACCGAAGAGGCAGAUAACUGCCAUAAAGUGCCAAUAUUUUUGCUAAAUAAAUUAUAUAAAGUUUUGUAAUGUUAAA